UUGAACUACCAUGUCAUUAGUACAUUGUCGCACACUAUUCUUUAAAAUUUCAAGUUUGAUCAUUCAAUGGCUAUUCGUGUGACGUUCUUGUUGGUUAUGCUGGUAGUCUUACCUUUUCCUUCUCAUUCUGCUGAUCCUGAUCCCCUACAAGAUUUCUGCGUUGGAAUUCUGAAUGAUACAUCAGCAUCUAUUAACGGUUUUCCUUGCAAGCCUACUUCCCAAGUUACUUCAGAUGACUUUUUCUUUGAUGGCCUAACCAAAGAGGGAAACACAGACAACGUAUUUGGAUUCACUGCAACCGUGGGAAACGUUCUUGCAUUCCCAGGGCUGAACACGUUAGGUCUCUCAAUGAAUCGAGUUGAUUUCGCCCCAGGAGGGCUAAAUCCACCUCAUUCACACCCUCGUGCAACUGAGACCGGGGUAGUCAUUAAAGGGAAACUCUACGUUGGAUUCCUGACAACAAACAACGUGUUACAUGCCAAAGUAUUGACUGUGGGAGAGAUGUUCGUGGUGCCCCGAGGACUCGUGCAUUUCCAAAUGAAUGUUGGUAAGGAGAAGGCAAUGACAAUCACAGCUUUUAACAGUCAUUUGCCAGGGUCAGUGGUUCUACCAACUACACUAUUUGCUUCUAUGCCACCAAUUCCUAAUAAUGUGUUGACUAAGGCCUUCCAAGUUGAAGCAAGUGUUAUUGAUGACAUCAAAGCCAAAUUUGGUUCUUAAAACUAGAACACCUGAAAAACAGAAUGGAAAAUAAAAGCCUAAAACACAAAUUUGUGUAGUCAGGUUUAUUUGUGUAUUUGUCCAAAUUUUCAUCUGGUACAUAGAUUAUCCAGGUAUGUAUCGUGUAAUAAUAAUGCAGAAAGGCAACAAGAAUUCUAAAUAUAUUCAUUUGUAAGUAUCGAUUUGGGUACUCAGAUCAUUCUCUUCGUUUAGAAACUCAUGAUUCUGGAUCACAGUUCUUGAA